AUGAUCCCGAGAACCCUCCCAAAGUUUGCUGCCCAGGUUCCGGCGAAGGACAUAGUGGCACGUGCGGUGGCCUCCAGAAAAGAUGGGGAUUUCUUGUGCAAUACAGCUGAGAAACUGUCUCGGGUACCCAAGGGUCACGAGGAAGAUGGAGUUUUCAAAUCUUUGAAUAGCACUGGGAUGUUGGUGAAUAUUCCGUAUACUUACUUGGAUCUUGGUGCUAGCCUGGAGCAACAUCCAGCCUUCCGACCCAGAGAUUUCCUAUCUACUCUUUGUGACCUGGACAAAUUCUCCACAGUGAUUGGUAUGCCUCUAGAGUCUGCAACUGUGCAAUUGGAAGACUACUGGACCCACUUCUGCAAUCAGUAUCGUGAGCAUCCGAUUGUCAACGACAUCAAAACUGGUGUGGUGGAUCCCGGUCAUCUAGUUCCCUUGAAUGUGCACGGCGACGGGGGCCGGACUUACAAACGACAGGAAUUGAUGGUACUACAGUGGCAAUCGGCCGUCGGUGCCGGCACAUCGAAGAGCUCCAAGCGCCGAAAAUUGGCUGAUGAGAUUGAUGCCGUGCAAAUUAAUCUGAAAGGCCAUAGCUUGUCGACAAGGUAUCUUAUCAGUGUCCUGCACAAGAAACAUUAUAGAGAAGAUGCCACUCCCUUGUUGCAGCUCCUAGAAUUUGUUUCCGAAUGGUUUGGGGACUUGUACGAGAAUGGAUUCGAGUACCAGGGCCAAACGUGGAGAUUUAUUCUGGUUGGGAUGAAAGGUGACUUGGUGUUUCAUGCGAAAGCAGCCGGAUUGCUACGGUCCUUCACACGAGUUCGAAAAAGAGCUCCGAACUCAAACUCCAAAGACCUGCCGGGGUGCUGCCCCUGGUGCCUCGCCGGUACCCCUACGAUUGCUUUCGAGUGUUUUGAUAAAACUGCCCCUUGGAUGGCAACCACGGGGACCAGGAAUCCACUACCCUGGAUUGAGAAGCCUACGAUCUUGAAAGCAAUCCUGCACAGCCCGGACGAGCCUUCCUUCCUGAAGCCGGAUGUUUUUCACAUUCUGAAUAUGGGGAUCUACAAAGAGUUUGCUGCGAGUGGCCUAUGCAUGCUUCUCCCUUUAUUCGCUGGAAAUAAUCAGGAUGAAAAUAUGAGCCGCAUGAAUGUGAAGCUGCGGCAGUAUGUCAAGGAGCAGAAUGCCAAGAUUCACAUCCCAAAGCUCACUUUGGAGCUGAUCGGACCUUCUGGCUUGGACGCCCUCGCCGUCGGCGUGGACCUGUCCCAUGUGGGCGGCCUUUUCUUUGCUUGCACGUUGCCCCAAAAGCUUUCAUAUGAAGCCUUCAUCGCCUUCGUCCAGCCCAUGAUCUGGUACGAUGAAAGGGAGGUCUCCGUUCUAGUGGGAGCGGUGCAAGCCCCCUGGCCUCCAGGCGACGACCUUGACCUCUAUGACGGAGCGGUCAUUACGUUGGUUCGGGACCCCACGUCCUACAUCUUCCGAGGCAUGGCACGGGAUCUCUUUCUUCCGACCACGGAUUGGGGCGCCUUGCAACACAUGCCCCGCCCAAGUGUGCCGGCUGGCAUCUGUGUCCAAUAUAAUGAGGAACGCUUCUUCGUUCAGCCCAGCCACCACUAUGGCGCUACCGUUCUUGAGGCUGUAGCGCACCGGCUGCGCUUGGAUGCGGCUCAGGUGACCACAGGCUUCUUCCCCACCUCGGAUCUUUCCAUGCAAGGACAGGACUGCUUUGGGAUCAUGGCAGUGGUCGACCUCCCCCACCCCACCCUGGACGCUCUCCAAGCAGCCAGGCGGGACGUCUUCACCCUUAUCGACCCAAGGGCACUGGGAGUGAAACCUCACAUUGAGCAUUCGCAUUUCCCAGCUCAUCACCUGCCUAGCAUUGCAGCGCGGCUUGACAUUAGGGUCCCUACGGUUUAUCGGGUUACGGCCGUAGGUGGUAGACUUUCGGGUGAAGACAUAUACGUGCAAGGUCAUUCGACCCUCAUUUUGUACGCAGUACCCCAUCACUCCGACUCUGAGGAGGAGGGAGCUGCCGGCGAUGGCCCUUCACCGCCACCUCGUGGUCCAGACAGAAACCGGGGUCGCUCUCCCCAGGUGGGCCGCCGAUUCGGCGGGAUGCCUGCUCGCGAAUCGGAGGGCGCGGGGCAGGCUCCGCUGUCAGAGGCACAGGCUUCCGGAUGUGGCAGUGGUCGGCGCCUCUGUGCCAUUUCUGCACUGCCUGACCUCUGGGCGCAACUUUCGGAUGAGAUUAGACAGGCAAGCGAGGGUAUUUUGCGCAGCACCUUCCUUGCAAGUUUCCAGCUGCGCACGGCUAGGGGCCCUGUGAACCCAUCGACUCCUAUGGGCCUAGCCAUCGCCUCUUUGGUGUUCCGGAAUGAGACGGCCCUACUUCCUGCACCAUUUCAUAGGCUCGGUGAUGUGCCUCCGGGCACGCCCGGCCCUGCAGACCCUGCAACUGCAAUCCCUGAUGACGAGGAGGAGGAAUCUGAGCCACGCCGUGUCCUCCACGCUACCUUCCUGCUGUUUGCGCCAGGUCAUGCCUUUCAGACAGUUCCCUUUGCAGUUGAGCUUCCGUGCAAUGUGCCACAAGUGCUUGAUGCAGUGGCGCGUGCUGCAGAUGCCGACUUCAUUGGUCUUUACCCGCGUCUCUUGGAGAUCUGCCCGCAACCGUUUCCGGAUUUCGGAGUGUUAUUGGCCUUACCCGCUUGGUCGCGCAGCGAACCAGUCGUCCUGCUGGAUUUGAGUGCUGUCGAUGGUCGAUGUUUUGCGGCCUCCUUGCCGUCGCCCUUCACCCGUGCUCAGGCGCUCGAGGCCGCUAGACUCCCCUACGACCUGCCACUUGAGGUUUUCGCCUUCGGUUCUCCCCGACCUCUCCGAGAAGAGGAACCGUGUGAAGUGCAAGAAGCGGGUUCCAUUUCCUUCCACCCGGAGGGAGCUGCUUGGGUAGUCCGUGGAUCUUCCCUUCAAAUCAUGCUGUGGUCCGGUCGCGAAUGGGCCAGGGUCCCUGAUUUGGCCUCCCCGCCUGUGGGCAAUAACGUUUGCCUUGUGUGCAACGAGGCAUCACGCUUGUUUGUGCCCCCGGCCUUUCCUGAUCCCGACCUGACACAUGCCAUUGCUGACGAAGUUGGUUCUGAUCGGCAUUUGCUCUCUGUGUCAUUUGCGGAACCGCCCCUCAUUGACGUGCUCUGCUCUGGCCACCUGUGCAGCCAUGUGGCGGCGGCUAUGCCCUUGGCCGCCACUGCUGAUCCGGACACUACUUUUCUGAUCGUUGAUCGUCGGCCACUCCUGCUUGGAUGGGAUGCUUUUGAGGCCCCGGGCGGCCUCGUGUCGUGUCAGCAACUUCUCGAUUGGCUGGAUGUGUUCAGCCCACCCGGGUGGCAUGCCUCUGUCGCACACUUGGACCGACGGGAAGCGACUUACGUGGUCCGGCCAGGAACAGUCGCGAGAGCCAUCUAUGUGCCGGAUGGACUUAAUGAGGAGUCGGAGGAAUCUAGCGAAACUGAGGUCACUGAUGAGGAUCUACCAGUUUCGACUCAGGAUGAUGCUGCUACUCCUUGGCAUACUGCUGCUGCGGGUGUACCCGACGCAGCGAACGAUAGUCGUGCCCGCAGCCGAUCGCCCCUUCGAUCCCUACAAUCAGGGCGACCGACUACUAGCUGUGCAUAUGCUGACUGUCAUGCCCUUGCCGCUGACGGCUUGAGCAUUGCCCCGCGAGCCCUGCAGAUCUUGGUCGGCGCUUCCUGUGUGACACGUAGUCACGGACAAGGCACUCAUGCCCUGCAUGACCCCUUGACCUUCCACCCCGAACCGUGGAUCGGGGCUGCAUUUGAUCCGGCACUCCUACUCACUGUGUUGGCCGGACUUGUCAUUCUGGUGUGGCAAUGGCAUAUAGCCGCAGCGUGGACGCUUGGUUUUCUUCACCGUGCCUUCCCUAAUGGCAGCCUGGCGUAUACGACUUGUGUUGAUGGAAGCCAGCAUCAUGCCACCCAUGUUUGCUUUGGGCGCAUCGGCGCCUUCUUCCCUGGAUUCCUGAGUCGUUCCUGUCGACUUUUGGUCGAGCCGCCGGUCUGUUCCAUGCAGGAGCAGUCCCACUUUGACACUUUGCGCGACCUAGCCGACCAAAUGGGUCUGCCCUGGCCGUUUCUCCGCUCUGUCUUGGUGCAUGGCUACCCUGACGAGUCCGCGGAUACGGCCCUUGACGCUUCGGCGGAGGAGCCAGUUGAGAUGCACGUUGCAGUGCUGGUUCCUGACUUUCAAGCGGAACGGCUUUGCAUCCGUGAAGUGCUUCCAGUCGAGCAAGACAGGUUUCUUGAGCUUGUCAGACGCCAACGUGACCCCGUUCAAGACGAGCGUUUCCCUGUGCUGAUCCCGGCUAUACCACAGCCUCUUCCGGCAUGGGCCCUUUUUAUAGCUGCACCGGUUUGGGCGCCCCAAUCGCCCAUCGCAAUAUUUGACAUGUGGGCCGUUGACGGGCGCGUCUUUGCGCUUGAGGUGCCGCUUGUGGCCCCGUGUUGGUUCCUUCUGCAGUUGGCAAACGCCCCCCCGGGCCUUGACGUGAAUGUGGUGAUUGGCUUUGCAGCUGGACCAGUUCCACUAGACCGGGAGGUGCGGUUGCUGCAGGGACAGUGCGUGACAUUCGUCCCUGCGGCUACCCUCCCGCCGCCUGUGAGUACCCUCGAUACCAUGCUCCUGUCCCCGCAGUUGUGGGAGGAGGGCCCGGCGUACCCUAGCAACACGCAAGGAUGUUGCUAUUGCGUCGCCACGGAGGGCAACCAGCAACUUUUUGUGCUUGAUCCACGGCGCCCAUGGGCGUUUCGGGAGGAUAUCGCUGACACAUGUCGCAUCCCGGCCGCCAGCUGUGUACUUGCUUUCGCUCGGCCUGGCGUUCUAGACUGCGCCAUUCAGGGUGUUGAUUGUCGUACAGCUGUUGCUGCAGCACGCGUGGCAGCCCAUAAUUCUGCAGAGUGCCUAGUCCUAGUUGACUGUCGCGCCAUCCUACAAGGUUGGACGGUGUGGCGAGCAACAGAUGGCCUUCUGGAUGUGACGGCCCUGGAACAGGACCUCGGAGAAUUCGCUCCCCUUUUCUGGAGGCUCACUCUCACAGGGCCCAGAUUCGCGCGGGGCAUUCGUCCAGUCCGACACGGGGAGGUCAUUUCGGUCAUUUAUGUUCCAGAUCAAGAGAUAGCUGUUCUGCAGGACCCCCCUGCUCUUGCCUUCGAUCAGCCGCAGGGUUCACUGCAGGAUGCGCAGGAUGAGGCCGCCGCGGACAUGCCUUCAUCGCAUGACGAAGGUCCACAGGUGGAGCGUUCCAAUACCGGCAAUCCUGCCACUCAUCGUCAACUGGCCUCUUCCUUCUCGGGCAGGCAUGCUGCUGCUUCGGGCCGGCAUCAUUUUUCCAACCGCAAGAUUCCCCUUGCGGGUGCGCCUCUAUCGCCCCAGCUUGCUGCGGACACCAAAAGCACUGCCCUUGCAUCAGCCCUCACAGGCCUCCAAAUUGCAGCCGAUCAUUGGGACACGUGCCUCUUUGCUGCGCAUGCUCACCUGUCGUCUCCGCAAUCUGCUUCCUUGUGCGGCGUCAAGUUGGCGCCAGAUCUGCGCCAGCCUCUGCAUGAUGCGGACUUACAAGUUUGGCCACAGCCGCGCACUGCUCAUGGCACCGGCGACUCUCAUGGCAGCAGCUGCCCAGCUGCAGCGACUGCGGUCCGACCGGAUCACCCAGGGCCCCCUGACCCUGGAGAUCGACCCCACCCACGUGGGCCGCCUGCAGCCUUGCAGGCUGCGGCUAAUGUUAGGCAGGCCCCUGCGCGCACGAGACACACCUUUGUGAUUCUUGUGCCAGAUAUGGCCCCUGAGAUCGUUGAGGUGUCGUUGGCAAUACCAGUUGGCAUACAAGAGGUUAUCGCGCUCGUUACGACGGCCCGAGGUGCCCAAUACCAGUGCGACUUUCCUCACCUAUGCCCGGUGUACCCGCAGCCGGAUCCAACAUAUGGCGUCUUUGUUGCCCGACCGGCAUGGGCAGCGGGUGUCUAUGUCGUAUGUGUCGACACAAGAGCUAUCGACGAUCGCCUCUUUGCCAUGCCUUUCCCAGCUCAGCUCAACCGUGAGUCUCUCUUGCGUUUGGUGCACCUUCGGGAUGUUCCCGGCCUUCAGAUUUUCGUUGCAGGCGUCCCCUUCGGUCACGGACAGGUUCAUUUAAGACAUGGGGAUACUGUACUAAUCCGCUGGGGAGGGCGCCUUGAGCCCCCAGCGAUUAGCCUAGCAGGCAUGCUUAGCAGUCCUGAAGGCUGGCAACACGGGGCCGUUGUUGCACUCGGACCCCUAGACAUGCACGUGCUUGUCCUGACCGAUGGCAUCCAUCACCUCCAAACGGUUGAUAGCUCCCACCGAGCCACCUUCAAGCAAGCCCUUGUCACGGCUCUGCAGUACUCGGCUCAUCGCACCAGCCUCAAGCCCUCUUCCCCACGCAUCACUGACUGUUGCUACCGAGGCUUUUCCUGUCAUUCGGUCAUUGUGGCUACGGAAGCCAUUUGUCGCCUCCCAGUGCCUCCUGCCCGUCCUCGCCCGCCGCAACUAGCCAUACUGCUGGAUAAACGUCCAGUUCUCCGUGGCUUCACCUGGUUUGUCUGUGCUGGUGAGCAUUACGACCUACAGGACCUCCGACGCACACUACAGCAAGAAGCCCCCUCGGGCUACGUUGUGGAUGUCAGGGGAGGACACAGGUUUUUGUACAGAGGGCGCCCUCGCAUUAUGGCGCGCCAGGGACAGGUCAUCCAGGUUCGCUUUGUGCAGGCUGACACCCCCCCUGAUGGAAGCACCAUGCGCGGCGACGAUGCCGAUGACUCUUCUCACGAUCCAGAUGACACCGACUCUGCCAGAGAGGAGCCGCCUUCUGAUGAAGAGGAUUCCUCCUCCACACCGAGGGCUCCUCGGAGUCGGUCACCCCCACCGGGUGCCCCGAGAGGGCCGCCUCCUCCACAGCCGGUUCACAGGAGGCUGUGCCCCAGGUUUCUCGAGGCCAUUGUGGUAGGCAAGUGUUCUUCCGGUAUUCACCAAGGAGCUUUUGCAGAAAGCGGCCGGAUUUGCACCACUGCCCCCCUGGGCCUCGCCACAUCUCGCAACGCACUCGCGGUGCUGCUGCUGUUCGCACUGAGUAGCUUGCAGGUUGCAUUUUGGCAAGGAUACGCUGUCUACAGCUUCGUUGGCUGUGCCAUGCUGUACACUCCCAGGGCUUGUAUGCCCAGGCGGGUCCUCUGCCUUUUGCUACUUCUCUUUUCCCAGGCUACUCCCGCUGGGGGUAUGCUUGAGCAGGCCACAAUUGCCGAGGCAGAUGAGGUCCUUACCGCUGUUCCUGCGGCACGCCUUCCCCUGCCGCCGGGCUCUUGUCACCCUCCCCAUCCUGGUCGGCCUGUGGUAUCUACGUGCCCAGAUUCCCAUGCACACCGCGGUUCUUCGGUUUCAGUGCUGCGUGCCGGACAUGAUGGGAAUCGCCAUGCAGUCAGGCCGGUGGCCACGCCCUGUCGCCUUCGAGGCUCAGGUGGAACCGGAGAACAUCUGCAUACUGGGCCAGUCGAGCUGUCCUGUUCGGUCACGGUUCCUCUCUCGAUACCUCAGGAGGACGACCUUUCAUGGCACCUGUGCACUCUUCUCGAGGAGGCGGUCGCCAGUCCCUCCUGUGAGGCAUUCUUUCUGGCCGCCACCUUGUUGGAAACACUUGCUGAACACCUUGCAUCAGACCCCCCGGCUCCUGCAGCAACGGGGCGGGCGCCGCCGAUUCAGCUUAGUUUGGCUGAUGCAAUCACACCGUACGAGUCAGCUCCUGCGAUGCCCUCUCCUGGGCCCCCAGUACUGCGGUGCGAAUAUUUCGACCUGACGAGGGGUUGCUGCCAGUUGCCCAUCAAGGAGGAGUUGUGGACGGAUCUUGGGCGGUUAGUGCCCUGGGCAUGCCUUGAUGCCGAUCUUGACGGCCUCCGCAAUCCCGCGCGCUUCGCAGCAUGGUGUUCCGACGGCAAUCCAGGGGUCCUUCCUCGUGACACAUACGCGUUGUGUUUCACGUCAGACGGCUCUUACUGUCCACAUGAGGGCAGUGCCGGUUGGGGCCUUGUCGUUUCUGCUCUUACUCACGCCGGCGAGCCACCGCCCGGGGUAUACAUCGGGGCAUGUUGUGGCGGUGUUGAUGAUAUCUGGCAAUUUGCGGCGAGCGAGGCAGGACCAGCUGAUGCCUACGCAGCCGAGACAGUAGGUCUCCUAUGGGCCGCCGUUGCCGCGUUCCAACUGCAGCCGCCCUGCGACAUAGGCUUCCUCUGUGACAACAUGGCUGCUCUGGGAGGCGCUUGCGGCCGCAACGCCUGUUCUGACCACGCAGUUUGGCGGGCCUGUCGUGGCCUUCAUCUUGCACUUCAUCUCCAGAGUAGUAGGCCCAUCCCCUACACCCAUGUUCGAGGUCAUGAGGGUAACCCUGCCAAUGAACUGGCUGAUGCGAUGGCUGAUCGGGGACGACGCGGAUAUGGUGUGUCCCCCUUCACCAUCAAUGUCUCUGCAUGGUUUGCGGACCAAGGGCAGGCUUUUCGAUGGUUACCUCAUGUUGCUUGGGCUCGUGUGCACCCUGAGCGCGCACCCCCUCUCGUUGAUGGUGUAAUGACUUGGCCGGCCACGGAAUCGGCACCCACCAUUGACGGGCAGAAGCUGCUCGCACCUUUUGUUCGCACGGCCGUGCCUCGCGGGCCCAAGCAGGCACAUCCUCGAUCGGCCAUUUUGUGUACCUUUCUUACGUACAAUGCUUUGUCCAUUGCGGACCCGGCGGGAGCCAAGGAUGGCGCCGGAGAUGGCAUGCAUGGCCGCACAGGUCGAGUUACCCUCCUCGAUCGAUCGCUGCACCAACAUCGUGUUUUCAUCGCAGGUAUCCAGGAAGCUCGUACUGCGGCGGGGGAGUUUCGGACCCUGCACUACCACCGCUACUCCUCUGGCUUCCUUGCUCAUGGCAUUUUUGGUAUCGAGAUUUGGAUCGCUAGCUGUCCUCCGUGGCCACCUCACCAGGCGGCGGUGCUCUUCUCCACUCCUACCUACCUUGCGCUGAAACUAUCCUUUGGCAAUACGCACCUUUGUGUCUUAGCUGGCCAUGGGCCACAUAGGGGGCACACGGAGGCCGUCAAAGACGCGUGGUGGCGGGAGCUUGCUGACCAGUGUGCCAAAUUCCGGGAUCUUGCCCCUUGGGUUUUUCUCUUGGAUGUCAAUGGGCGCAUGGGGUCCGUUGUUACGGCAGCCGUCGGGGACCAUGAGGCAGAUCCUGAAGACUGCGCGGGGGCGCACUUUCGUGAAUUGCUCGGCCGACACCAAGCCUGGUGCCCUGCAACCUUUCGCGAUUUUGCUAUUGGCCCGGCGGGCACAUUGAAACAAAAGCGCGCUGAUCAAUGGGAUCGCUGCGAUUUCGUCGCUAUCCCCCAGCAGUGGCGGACCUCUACCCGGGCCAGUGAGGUCCUUCCGGGCAUCAAUGCUGGGCACGUCACUGUUGACCAUUGCGCUGUUGGGGUCACCGUUUCUCUUGCCUUCCAGGUGGGCCGAUCCCCUGGCCCAGGUCGAAUCGACCCAUGUGCUCUUGCAGACCCUGCUAACCGGGAACAGAUUAGCGCUCUACUUCGCGAGGUCCCAGCCGUCUCCUGGGAUACGAAUGUCAAUGAGCACGCUGCCAUUGUUGUAGAUGCAGUUUACGGCAAGCUGGUUAAG